AUGCUCAACGUGCCCGUCACGUGCUCGUUCCUCCUGACCAACGACCUCGCCGUGUUCCACAAGGCCAACACGCUGCCGGCCGGCUACCUGUUCCACAGCGUCGACGAGUCGGACGACGUGUGGGACCUCGCCGACCUGACGCUGCAGUGCGGGCGCCGCGGCGACAGCCUCAAGCUGGCCCUCGCGUGGAUCUACUACGGCGCCGCCGGGUUCGCGAAGCAGAUCGACCACGCCUUUGACGUCGCUGCCCACCUGGCGCAGAUUGUGCAGGCGCACCCCGACUUCGUGCUCGUGUCCUCGGACCCGCCGCCGUGUCUGCAGGUGUGCUUCUACUACGCACCGGGCGGGCAUCUUUCCGACGACGCCGAGGCGAACACGCGCACGACAGCCGGCAUGGUGGGCAAGCUGAUCCGCAGGGGGUUCAUGAUUGAUUACGCGCCAGGCGAGAAGGGCAGCUUCUUCCGCGUCGUGGUUAACUGCCAGACUCUCAAGGGCACGGCAGACGGCCUCGUUAAGGGGCUAGAGGAGAUUGGAAAGGAGGGUCAGUAG